AUGAAUAUUUCAAGUAAGCAAGACAUCCCUUCAUUUGUUAAAGAGUAAUUAAGAAAAUAAACAAUAAGUCCAGAGCCAUAAAAGCACAGAUAAUUAAAUUUUCAUCGAAGAUUAACAAGUUCUUAGUUGGAUGGGGGAAUUUGCAACAAUAAUGUUACUUAAAAGAAAUCGAAUAAACAAAUGUCAAUGCAUGGAUUAUAACAAUUAUUAAAGACUAGUCCUUACAAUAAAUUAAUACAACAGAAAUCGUAAUCGCAAAUGUUGAUUCAAGAAAGCUUCUCUCAACAAUAUCUCAAGGACACAAGUGCCGCCUAUACUCCAAAUCAAUAAGGAUCUCUCUAAUAAAACUUCUUUCAUAAAGUUGGUCUCUCGUAAAAUUCAACGAUGUCAAGUAGUGUAAAACCUCGAAUGAGAAGUGCAAAUAAGGAAAUCUUGAGAAGAAAAUUAGUAGCUGAAACAACGCAAUUGCUUUCUAAUAGGGAAAAGGACAAACAAAUCAUAUCCUAGUUGCAACAAAUUAUUAUUCGCACUAAUUCUCUGCUAUUGCACUAUUAAAAUGAAAUUCAAAAGCAUAUUUCAGAAAAGGAAGAAUUAAUUAAGUAGAUUAAAUAAUUAUAAUCUUCAUGA